UGCUCCGUGGGCUCCGGGCGUGACGUAAAUCCGUGACGCAGUCAGUCCUCCAUCACUGCCUGAAAACACCCAGAACCGAGCAGCCCUCACGACGCGUGGAAAUAUGUAGUUAACUCGUCCUCCAGAGCAAAUAUCGAUCGCAGUGGCUUUGUUGGAGCCGAUAUCUUGCAUGGAAAGCUACCAUGGGUGGUCAUGAUGAUGAAGAUAUGACGUAUGUUGUAAACAAACAAAGGCAAGAUGAAGAGCUGAAAAACAAGCUGAAUGACGGCAGCCACUGGUGCGACCAGGAGUCUACGAGCAACAAUGCCAAGUGGGUCAAAGAAGGCCAGAACCAGCUCCGGAAAGUAGCCGAGAAUCAUCAGGAUCAAGAUCACAACUGCAAUAUCAGCCAGAAUGGAAACAAGGACGACUUUCCUCACCAGAACACCACUCAGGAAGAACAGCAGGGAAACGAGGAGCAGACCAAGGCCCCCAAGCUAGCAGUGACCCCCAGUCUCUGUCAGGAAGAGUCCAAGAACAUCCUCAAUGAGCCGCUGCUCAUCAACGCUUUGGAGUCAACGGCUGAGAAAGAUAAAGAGAGAGAGGAGGAUGAAAAGGAAAACAAAGAGGAUGAGGAUAAGGAAGCAUCAGAUGCUAGCGAAGGAGAAAAGGUGUCCAGACAGGGGAGCGUGGAGUCUCACAGAGAGGGCAGCGUCAUGGGGAGAAACCCUUGCCUCCUCUUCUCCAACAUGAAUGGGACACCAAGCGAUGAAGAGCCCAGCUGGCCCGCACUGUCUCAAGACAACACUGCCGACACUUCUCCAAAUGGCAACAGGGAGUCCUUCUGGGACUCCAGUGCUUUUGAGACGGACACAGACCUGCCCUCCGGAUGGAUGAGAGUGCGAGAUACAUCAGGCACGUACUACUGGCACAUUCCCACCGGCACCACCCAGUGGGAGCCUCCUUCACCCCUGGACAAAGUCGGGGACUCCAUGAUGUCCUCCAGUAUGUCUCUGGAGACUACACCCUGCGAGGAACCUGAGGAAUCUUGGGCUCAACUUUGCAGCGGAGAUGAUGGUGCAGGCGAAGCAGAGAUGUGGAGGGAGGAGGGAGAGGCUUCUUCUGAUCAAAGCCUGAAGGAGUUUGAAGGAGCAACUCUACGCUAUGCAUCAAUCAAUCUCAAUUACAAUUGCUCCCAGUCUGAGGAAGAAGAGAAGCUUGCUCCUCUGUGCACAGAUUUAGAAACUAAGUGUUUUGCAGUGCGCUCUUUGGGUUGGGUGGAGAUGUCUGAGGAAGACCUGGCAUCUGGGAAGAGCAGUGUUGCAGUCAACAACUGCAUCAGACAGCUCUCUUAUCACAAACACAACCUUCAUGACACGGCUGGUAUCUGGGGAGAGGGUAAAGACAUGCUAAUGGUUCUUGAAAAUGACACCAUGAACUUGAUCGACCCGCUGGGUCAGACUCUGCUCCAUACUCAGCCGAUCGGCAGCAUCCGCGUUUGGGGUGUUGGGAGAGACAACGGAAGGGAAAGGGAUUUUGCCUAUGUGGCCCGAGACAACCUGACCCAAGUUCUGAAGUGUCACGUGUUCCGCUGUGACUCGCCUGCUAAGAACAUCGCCACCAGCUUACAUGAGAUGUGUUCAAAGAUUAUGAUGGAGAGAAAGGCAAUGAAGCCAGGGCUGAGCAGACUUUGCUCUGACUCAGGGAAAUCAUUGGCCAUCCCCGUUGAAGAGUUUCCUGCCCCUAAAAACGAACUGUUCCAGUGCUUCCAUGUUUAUUACCUGGGAUGUGAGUCUGUGGCUCGACCAGUUGGAAUGGAAGUUAUCAACGACGCACUAGAGGCAGCGAUGCUGGGCAAAGACAAAAACGACUGGACUCCCGUGUUUGUGAAUGUUGCACCGGCCACUCUCACAGUGCUUUCAAAGCAGGAUGAAGAGGUGCUGUCAGAGUGUCGGGUGCGUUUCCUGUCAUUCAUGGGCGUGGGGAAGGAUGUCCACACGUUCGCCUUCAUCAUGGCGGAGGGUCCCCGCGAGUUCACCUGUCACAUGUUCUGGUGUGAACCCAAUGCUGCCAGCCUGAGUGAGGCUGUACAGGCUGCCUGCAUGCUCCGUUACCAGAAAUGUUUGGACGCUCGCCCUCCCAGUCUGGCAUCCUGUCUGCCCACUCCUCCUGCUGACUCAGUCGCCCGGCGGGUGAAGAAGGGCGUUCAGAGCCUGCUGGGCAGCUUCAAGAGCUACAGGUCUGGUUCUCAGUCUCCUUAAGUCGAGGCGCUGACGACCCUCUUCUGUCAUGGAGCUCCCCCCCCCCCACACCCCCUCACAAAUACUCACAUUCUGCCACAGUUUCGCCUUACAACCGUUUCUCACGUCUGGUCUCUAGUCUGCUGUGUGGAGUAGUUUGUAGGGAAAACGUGUCUCAAGAAAACAAUUUUUUUUUACGGCUUUUACUUUAUACAAGAGUUUUAAAAAUGCAUUAGUAACCAUGGCAACAGAUGGUUUUGUCACUGGUUGGUGUGUCUGUACUAUUUUUGUGUUUUUAACAGAAACAAAACAAUGAAUGUUGGUAUUCGAUGUAAUAUUUUUGACACUAAAAUCAGCUCGAAGAAAAGAAUGAUCUAUUCCUCCUCAGAAAUGCUCUCAUCAGCUCGUCCAUCUCAGUGCAAUUAUCACCUCUAACAUCAUCAUCAUCAUCGCUGAAGAACGUACUGUAUCGCAGUUGUCGGACGAUUUCACCUCUUUUGACUACUUUAGAUUGUAAUACAUGCACUGGAAGCAUCACAGUUGUGUGCAAUGUAAUUCUGUCCCUCCUUCUCCCAAAUAAUGUAAUUAUAGUCUUCCAAAGAAUUGUACGAUCAUCUGUCCCGUAGUCAGCGAGCACCCUAGUCUGUUCUCAUCCAUUCUGCAUGAACAUUUGCAAGUUCAGUGCUAAUGUGCAAUAAUUCAAUUUUUUCGUAGUAUGUAGAGGCGACAAGGGGGCAGUUCUUUGAUCACUUUUAGUCCGACUAGAUCAAGUUUGAGGCUAAAGGAACAACAGAGCCAUGUUUGAAAUCAUUGUCUUAUAACAAGUAAUGUUCAUAAAAAAAAAAGAAUAAACUCUGGGUUUUCUGGCAGUUGUUUACCAACAACUACUCUAUAGUACUGUAGAAACUCACCACAAGCUGCAUGUUUGGAUGGAGCGCUUAGCCUGCAGCAGUGUAGAGCCAUUGCGAUAUAUCCUGUAAAUUGUUUCUGUGUGGAAAGAGUCUGAGCUGAUUGGCGUUUUUUGUGUUACUUAGGCAUGCCACUCUAGUUGGUGUUUUGAUCACAAGCUAGCAGUAGAAAGUGAGACUUCCUGUCGCUUCUUUUACGGGUGAGUCAGUGUCCGUAUCCACAGUUUGAAUGAGCGGUUUAUGUUUCUUUCCUCGUCCACAUGUUGAAAUGUGCUGACCUCUCCACUUCUUUUUUUAAUUUUAACACUACAAUGUAUACAACUAAAACAAAUUUCACUUUAACUAUUUAGAUGUAGUUUUUAUUAAAAAAAUAAAACACUAAUAGCCAAGUUGUACUUUAUCAUCGUGUCUGUUGUGAGCGAUCAAUACAGUAUGUAGCACAAUAGCGAUGGUCCUUUUGAAUAUUAUUAAUGCGGUUUGUAAGCUGUUUUGGUGUUUUCUGAUCUUUACAGGUCAUUUAUCACAUCAGCUGAGCUUUUACCAAGUAGUUAGCAGCUGAGAAGGGAAGCUGUUUUAACACUUUAGCACAUAACAGUCCAUAUACCCUAACAAAUACAGUCCAGGUGACUCUACAUGUCUUUUAAUCAACCAGAACACAGAUAUCAUUUAUAUGAAAAAAAAAGAGUGCCAAAUUAUUGUUUUAAUUGAGAAGUCAAAUAGUCAUUUCACAUUAUGAAAUGGGGUAAAAAUGAAUGAUUUUUAAUUUGGUUUGCUAAAAGUUCUUACCAGCUGGUCCUGUGUAUUUAAAAUGCCACAAAAGAUGAGCUACGUUGAUCAUGUGACUGCCUUUUCCCUCACGUUUCACCUGGAAUUAUUGUGCUUCUGUGUUGCCACUGACUGAGAAAAAAAAGCAGAUUAAAUUAUUUCUUUUAUGUAAAUUGGGUGUAAAAAAUGUGUAUAUAUGACAAAAAAAUCAUUGCACAAUAAAUGUGAACAUAUCAUGUC